AUGGCAUUUGGAAUGCUAAUAUAUAUUUUGCUAAGAGCAAUGGUAGCGCUGGGUGAAGAGGCAGCUAUUACUGUUUCGUCGCUAACCACAGACAUAUGGAAUAGCUGGGCAAAAAACAACACCGAAGACUACACGGAGGAACCUAUUGCUCUGAAGCUUAUGAAAUCCUGUCUUGAAGAACACAAAAGUUAUUGUAUUAAUGGCCUUUGUGCUUUUCACAGUGAACUCAAGAAACCCAUAUGCAGGUGCCUGACAGGUUACAACGGAGAAAGAUGUGAACACUUGACGUUAAAUUCGUAUGCGCUUAAUUCUUAUGAGCACUAUAUUGCCAUGGGAAUUGGCGCCGGAAUGUUACUGAGUGGGAUCAUCGCUCUAAUCUAUUGCUAUGUAAGAAAGAGGUGCGGGAAGUUGAAAUCACCGUACAAAGUCUGAACCAGGGAGACAGCGUUGUGAAGAUCUGACAUAGGAUACUUACCGAUUUUCCUGUAAAUUACAGGAGGUUCCUAGUUGAAAGACCUACCAGUGCCAACAAAAUACUAGCAGGUGCCACUGAUAACCAGAGACAAUGGAAAUCCAAUAGCCGGUACACAGCUGGCACGCCUGUAGAACUGGCUGGCUUCACUCAUUUUGAUAAAAGCCUUCGUUGCUUUAAUAAAGGUUGUUGGGGGACUUAUCUGAGUGGAUUGACAUGGCUUCCCCUGUUGUUGGACUACAGCUCAUUUGUUUUUGGGUGGAGAUCUGACUUCUUUUAGCUGCUUAUGGUAACUUCAAGCCUUGAUUGUUCAACAGGGAAGGGCAUUCUGUAUGGAGGAAGACAACACUAUGUCUCUCAACGCUCUGAGGCAAAGAAUGGAGUUCACGCGCUGCCAAAGGCAAGUAAUCAGUCUAGCCCACUUCUGGUUUCCCAAUGGCCUAUAGUCUGGGUCUGGGCUGACAUGAAUACUGCGGAUCUCUCAAGUGGGUUAAAUGCAAUAUAUGCUUCUAUUGCCACAAUGGACAAAGGCGGCAAAGGCUUUGCACUGGGAAAUGGGUGAGUGAAAAUUAAAUCUAAGAAGAAUAAAGAUCAGCUGAUUUUGGAAAACUAAUAUUGAGAAUGAGAGCAGUCCCUGAGAUCUUAGAGGACAAAGGGCUCCUGACGUUUUGAGAAGAGUAAAGCUCAAAUGGACUACGAAAGUGUUCAUCUGGACAACCUUGAUCUUCCAGUACAUCACAUAGCAGCUCCCCACACUCCCAGACUUGUCAGUCAGGCAUCUUCUUGCCCAGUGAUGUGCACUGCUGGACAAGAGGCACAAGACUCUACUUGCUAUGGAAGUUGCAAUUUUGUUAUAAGGACUCGUUAAUACAGUUCUACCCAGCUGGCUUCACUCUCAUGGAACUUGUAGUAUAUCACCAUUUAAACAAGAAUGAAAUGGGUAGAGGAAAUAUGCCCAGCUCCACCCUGCCAGAUUAAUAUUAUGUGCUUUCUUUUUCAUCUUCUCGUGCACAAGAUGUCUUCAGAUGGGGAGUUUUGUUCUUGAGAUAGGGAAAUAAAAUAGAUUCAGAGGACAAUGGCUCUUGAAAGACUUUGCAGCUUCUAACUGUGAGUUUUGGAAUACUGGUGCUGAUCAUUUUCAACAUUGCUCAGAAGGGUUUUCGUUUCAGGUGCUGCACAUUGUGGAUCCAGAUUUCAGCUGCAUUUAGACACCCAUGGGGAAACAGUGCCUAACUGUGUAAGCGCUAAUUUGGGGACAUCAUUUGUCUUUUGAAAAUCAGGCUUCCUUGUUAUGUGUGUUCACUUUUUCCAAGUGAUGCGUGUCAUGGGUUAUUUUAUAUAAUGUCAUUAGUAAGAAUUGAAAUGCUCACAACAAAAUAUGUAAGAUAGGUCAACAUGCACAUUUCCCCCUUUUAAACUGGACCCUAAGUCCUCUAGUAUGACAUGCCCUGCUUGAUUAGAAGUGCCAGUGUACAAUGAAUACAAUAGCAAGGAUGUAUUGGCAAGGAGCUGACCUUAGGUACAUUACCAUCCAUUUCCUCCAGGUUUUGAAGUGAGGAUUCCUUAAGGCAGGGGUCCCCAACGUGGUGCCCGCGGGUGCCAUGGCGCCCACCGGGGCAUCUAAGUGUACCCGCGUACUGGCCGGCGGACGAGCAUCUGCCGAAAUGCUGCCGAGAAGCUGCUUCUCGGCAGCAUUUCGGCAGCAACGCCUAUUGACGUUGCUGCUUGUCGGCGGCAUUUCAACGGAUGCUUGUCUGCCGCCACGGUCCUCCGUGGCUCGUCGUCUGGCACCCACCAGACGAAAAAGGUUGGGGACCACUGCCUUAAGGUAUAUUGUUUUGGUUUUCCU